AUGGGUACUAAGUUACGGUUUAGUACUGCUUUUCAUCCACAAACCGAUGGACAAUCGAAAAGGAUGAUUCAGACCUGGGAAUAUAUGUUGAGAUCUUGUGUGUUGCAGUUGAGGGAUAGCUGGGAUACUCAUCUUGCCUUGAUGGAGUUUGCGUAUAAUAACAGUUAUCAUUCGAGCAUCGGAAUGGCUCCGUAUCAAGCUUUGUAUGGGAGGCAGUGUAGAACACCUAUAUGCUGGAAUGUGGUGGGUGACAGGAAGUUGGAGAAGGUGGAAAGUAUUCAAGAAAUGACGGAGAAGGUGAAUAUGAUACGAGAAAAGCUUAAAACUGCACAAGACCGAUAG